GUUGCAGAGGUUAGGGAUUAGGGCAGGAAUUAUGGCUGGGGCCAGCUCAUCCAUGGCACCAGGACAGGGACAAGGUGCACCAGGCAAUGACCUUGCAAGCCCCAGGUUGGGGAUGGUGCCCGGUGCCCCCCAGCACCCCUUUGGCACACGGUGCAGUGCCAGCCCUGGCUCUCUCCACCUUAAGAAACCUGUCCCUCCCUGCUACCUUCACACCCUCCACUCUGCUUCCCCUCCAGCAGCGGCCGUACAAUAUUUUUAUCUCUCAGCAAGGUUUCCUGUUUGCAAUCCUCACGCUUAUGGGUGCCAAGCGGCUGGGGGACGUCGGCCAGGGGGACAUGGGCUGCCAGCGGCUCGUCCCACCAGGUCCUGGCAGCUCCUCGAGGAGCCGAGGCACUGGAAACGCCGGGAAUUGCCCCUAAAAGGCCUUUUCCAGCUCCUCUCUGCAGCUGGCCACGGGGACAGCGUGGGGGGAUUUCUCAAGAGACCUUGGGAGGAGGAAUGCAAAGAGCUUUUCUUCUUCUGAGACAGUCGGCCAGCGACCAGAUCCUGCCCCAGCUCUCUGGGAAACGCCGAGACUUCGAGGAAAAGCCUGGCACUGCUGGGGUUUGCUGGAGGAAGGCUGGAGCUGUGCGCAGUGGUGCAGGGGGCCCGGACCCUCGCGUGGAGCAUACGACCAGUCCUGCGGGGAUUGCGGGGAGCGAGGGGCUGGCGGUCGCCCUCAGCCCAGGCAACGUGGAGGACCUGUACGAGCUGCUGGAAAAGCUGGGCAGCGGGCACUUUGGCGUGGUGAAGCGAUGCCAAGAGCGCAGCACCGGCACCUUCUAUGCUGCGAAAUUUAUGAAGACGCGGCGAUGCCGGGGCAGUCGCCUGGGGCUGGAGCGGGCGCAGGUGGAGCGGGAGGUUGCCAUCCUCCGUCAGCUCGACCACCCCAACGUCAUGCGGCUCCACGACCUCUUCGUCAGCAAAGCCGAGAUGGUGCUCGUCCUGGAGCUGAUCGGCGGCGGGGAGCUCUUUGACUUCAUUGCGGAGAAGGAGAUGCUGUCAGAGGAGGAGGCCAUCGAGUUCCUGGGACAGAUCCUGUGUGGGGUGGAGUACCUGCACGCCCACCACAUCGCCCACUUUGACCUCAAGCCCGAGAACAUCAUGCUGCAGGAAAAGCAUGUCCCCAGGCCCUGGAUCAAGAUCAUCGAUUUUGGGCUGGCCCAGCACCUGGAGGACGGCGUCACCUUCAAGAGCCUCUGCGGGACCCCACAGUACAUCGCUCCCGAAGUGAUCAACUAUGAGCCGCUGAGCUCUGCAGCUGACAUGUGGAGCAUCGGGGUCAUCACCUACAUCCUGCUCAGCGGCUUGUCCCCCUUCCAGGGUGAGACGGACGCCGAGACCCUCUCCAACGUUGUAGCUGGCACCUAUGAGUUCGAGGAGCGCUGCUUCAGCCAGACCUCCGAGAUGGCCAAGGACUUCAUCCGGCAUCUGCUGGUGAAGGAGCCAGGGCACCGCAUGACGGCGGCCGAAUGCCUGGUCCAUCCCUGGAUCAAGCCCCUGAGCCGGAAGCAGGUCGCAAACCGGAGCCGUUCUUCCAUCAACAUGAAAAACUUCCGCAAGUUCAAUGCUCGGAGGAAGUGGAAGCUCUCCUACAACAUGGUGUCCGCCUGCAACCGGCUCUGCCGCACGCGGCUGCUCUGCGGCCUGAGGAAGGAGGACGAGGAGCUGCCCGCCUGUGCCCCCAGCGCCACUGCGAGAGUGACCAGGAGGAGGAGGGCAGCCACCCUGUCACGCUGCUGCGCCAGCGGAGAAGCAGCUGCUCCUGAGCCCCCCCGAAAGGAGAUGGGGACCCCCCCAAGAGGGGGCAUCCCAUGAGAGGAACCCUGGGGGUCCCCCCAUCUCCCCAUCCCAGGGAGCAGCAGCACUGUCCGGCCCCAGUGCUCCCAGUUCUGUGCUGCUUGGGGGUCACUGGGGCAGCAGCCCCCCCACCUCCUGCCCCCCCCCAGGUCUCUGCUGCAGCAGGACAGGGGCUGCCCCACAGCUGGGACCCUCGCCUGUGCUCGGCCCUGGUGCGAGAAAUAAAUGUCUACCCCCUCAUCC